AUGAUUCCUAUGCUGGUCUUCUCCUCCUGCGGUGGUGCCAUCCCUUCAAAUGGUGGGGCUGGGACGUUUGCCCCCCAGUCUCCCCUUGAGAACUUGGGGCAAGAAGAAGAAGAAGAAGAGAAGCAUAUGGAGCCUCCAUAUUCAUAAUAUGAUUCACAAUAUGCCUGCAAGAAAGUGAGGAAGAUAAUGAAUGUAGUAGUAACAUAAAGUUGCACACAAGAAAUAAACAAUCAAAAUAAUAAUACACAAAUAGUAAUAAUGCACUACGUAAAACUCACUGAUCAAGACAAUUUUGCAAUAUUUUCCAAGUUGAGAUUUCAACGAAAAAGAACAAAGAAAAUGUGAGUUCAUGAGUGAUUCAAAAAUCAAAUAUCAUCACAUUAACAAGAGUUUAUUUGAUCUUGUGGGUACCUAAUCAAUAGAAGAGGAUGGGCUCAAAAGGUAUUACGCUCCUUUGAGAGAAAAAUCAAGCAAAAAUAAGGAAAAUGAAAAAUAAUUUAAUUAAUAAGGUAAUAUAUCUACCAAGGCACUCUGAAUGAUAAGUGGCAUAAGGGGAGAUAUAUGUAUAUAAAGUAUGUCUAUUGGUGAUAUUGAAAGUGAUAGGGUGGUCUAGGGAGUGAAAAUCAUAGAAUAAAAAGCAUACAAUUGAUAGUUAUGAUAGCUGUUGUUAGUAAUGUGGCAUCUAUCAAUCUCUAGUGACUUUCUAACAAAUCUUUCUUAACAAAAGGUAAAUCUAAUGUUCUUAAAGAGAAAAUCUCCACAAAAAUAUAGCAUAUGCAGUAGAUGUUCUCUCUAGUUCUAUAGCACAGUUGGAAGUAAUCAAAGAAAAUCAUCCAAAGACCUUCCACAUGUUACCUAUAGAUGACUCUUAGUUCAAAGGGAUCAACUCUAUUGGCUCAAUCCCCUCUUUCAAAAAGGAUGCAUCAAGGAUUUAGAACUACAAGUAAAUUAUUUCUCAAUGGAGACUGAUGAGGGUCAUAUAUAGAGUUUAAAAGACAUGGUUCAGUAGCUUCCAAGGCCAUUACCAUAACCAAAUCCUUAUUUCUAUGAUAAAGGAAGAUAAAUGCAUUUGCUCCAUAAAAUUGAGAUCUGUACCUAGUGUGCUAGAUUAUAUCAUGUCCUAAAAAUCAUUCUAAUCUCUACUGAAACUUCAUAUGAGAGUUGCCUAUGUCAAUUCCAAACUCACAAUCCUUUUACCAUCCCCUUCACAUCCCUAAGGCACUCUUCAAAAUGCUUCCCUCUUUGUGCAAGCAUCAAAUGUGGUAUUCCAAAACUUCCCCCAUAGAUCCCUGUAGCUGAAAGAAAUAUUAAUGCACAAGCAAUGUGCCAAACUAUGGAGAUUGAUGAGGACUCUUCAGUCAUAUUGGGUAAAACCCAUUGA